AUUGCCAUUCAAAACAACUAAAGAGAAAGUUAAGAUACAAGAACAACUUCAAACUUUUCUUUCUCUUUCUCUCAAAACAACAACAACAACAACAACAACAAAAAAGAGAAACUUUGUUAACUUUGUUCAUCACUUGUACUAGUACUACUACAUCAAAGCAAAGCAAAGUGUAUUCAAGAACAGCUACUACUCCAUUAUCAAGAAGAAGAAGAAGAAAAUAUGCAGCCACAAAGUUUCAUGAACCCGGUUCACUUCCAAAGCAACUCAGAAAUGUCACAAAUUCUACCAUGGACACUUCCACCGGUUCAACCUUUCAUGAACCCGGUUCAUCACCACCAUGACCCUUUUCUCCUCCCCCCUCCCCCCUCGCCCUAUGGUUUAUUCAACCGUAGGCCACAAUUUGGAUACGAGGGGGGCGGGGGAGGAGGAGCCACGUCAUCAUCAUCAUCAGACCAUCACGGCCUCCGCUUCAUCUCUGAUACAUUAGUAGGUCAAGUGGUUCAUCAUCAUCAACCCGGUUCUGUUUCAGUAGCAGCACCUUUUGGUUUACAAGCUGAGUUACAAAAAAUGACAGCUCAAGAGAUUAUGGAUGCUAAAGCAUUGGCAGCAUCAAAGAGUCAUAGUGAAGCAGAAAGGAGACGUAGAGAAAGAAUCAAUAAUCAUCUUGCUAAAUUGAGAAGCCUUCUUCCUAAUACUACAAAAACAGACAAAGCAUCGUUGUUAGCAGAAGUGAUACAACAUGUGAAAGAGCUAAAAAGACAAACAUCCUUAAUAGCAGAAACAAGUCCUGUCCCAACUGAAAUUGAUGAAUUAACAGUUGACAAUGCAACAUCAGAUGAAGAUGGUAAGUUCUUAAUAAAGGCAUCUUUGUGCUGUGAAGACAGAUCUGAUCUAUUGCCUGAUUUAAUCAAGACAUUGAAAGCACUAAGGUUAAAAACAUUAAAAGCUGAGAUAACAACACUUGGUGGACGUGUUAGAAAUGUGUUGUUCAUAACUCCAGAUGAUUAUUAUUGUAAUAAUCAAGAAUUAGAUACGUGCUCCAAUGGAGGUGAUGAUGAUGAUGAUUGUCAAAUGCAGCAGCCACAGUAUUGUAUAAGUUCAAUUCAAGAAGCACUUAAAGCUGUCAUGGAGAAAUCAAGUGGUGAUGAUUCUACUUCAGCAAGUGUUAAGAGACAAAGAACUAACAACAUCAACAUCCUUACUUAAUUAGUAGUACUAGUACUUCUCUUACUUUUUUGUGUGGGUUAUUAUUAUUAUUAAUUAUUAUUGGGAUUUUUGGGUGUUUUUUUUUUUUUUCUCUUUUCAACUUCUUUGACCGAUAUAGAGUGUUGGGUUGGUUGUGUCCAGGGUUUUGGUCUAGUGGUAAGAGCGAAAUUUUUAUUAUCUGAGUCGUAGAUUGGAACCCUACCAUGGUCAGGUAUCGUAAGUGGAGAAAUAUAGAGGGUCAGGUUCAGUAUCGGUAGAUUUUGAAACCUAGUGCUAUUGAUUGUUGGAGAUUUCUUGAUUAUAAGAAAAAGAAUAUGUAGUUUAGCGGUGGUGAUUUGCACCCUACCAUGGUCAGAUAUCGUAAGUGGAGAAGUAUAGAGUGUCAGGUUCAGUAUCGGUAGAUUUUGAAACCGAGUGCUAUUGAUUUUUGGAGAUUUCUCGAUUAUAAGAAAAAGAAUAUGUAGUUUGGUGGUGGUGAUUUGCUUUUCUUUUCUUUUUUUAACGGUGUUGGGUGGGGUGGGGGUGUCCAAAACAUCCUUUUGCCUCGUGUCAUGUUCGCGAUCAAAAGUCUAAUAUCAACUGGUUUUUGAAUCGCGCAUCAUUGACUCUCAGAAAUUUCUCUACAACCAAAUAGAAAAUAUGAAGAGGGGUUGUUUUUUUUUUUUUUUUUUUUUUUUUUGGUGAUGUCCAAACGAAAGUGUCUCAAUCAAUUGGCUCAUGUCAAUGUCAUGUUGAUCAACAGUUGGAAGAAAAGAAAAAUAUGAAGGGAAAAGGAUCUUUUUCGUGAAGAGAGACAAGUUAUAAGAAAAACCUAAGAUAGAAAUCUGGUGAAGUAAUUUGAUUACGUUGGUGUUUCAAAAUAUCAAACAUGCUGUUUGUCUUUUUGUUUUCUAGUGUGAAAUUUCCCUGUCACCUUCUUUCUUAUGUAUGGUGACGUUAUGGUGGGAGUGUGGGGGUGGGGUGGGGUGGGGUGGGGUGGGGUGGGGGGGGAGAAUUUGUAAAUAUAUUUAUUUACUAGUGUUUGUUGUGGUACCUAUGUAUUUGCCUUGUACUUUUCUUCUCAAGGCAUAAUGCUAUCUUCCCUUAUGUUUUUUCUUACAUUUUUUAUGAUUAAGUUUGUUGUGGGGUGAUGGUAUUUUGAUUUUCUAUUUUUGCUUUGUUGGGGUGUUGAGUUAAAUAUUUAUGUAACAAGGGUGAUGGGAAGAUUAUUAUAUAUCAAUGAAGUUAUAUUUUACUUACUA